GCGAAGAAAGUCCGGACUGCACAGACGUAGCCCAGAGAUGUCUUCUGGAAAGUGGGUUCCUCUUUGGCUAAUAUGGAUGGGGACUCUGGUAGCCCUGAGCCAGCAAGCGCCAAGGUUGCUCAUGGUGGCCCCCAGUGUGGUGACGGUGGGGACCGAGGUGGGGGUUGUACUUCAAGUUGAGGGAGCCCCAUCUGGGCUCUUUGGCACAGUUUUUUUCCAGAAUGAGAAUACCAGGAUUAAAUGCUCUCAGGAGGUGCCAUUCAAUCUUCAGUGCAGUGAGUGCAUAGAAAAAGUAACCUUGAAGGUGACUCAUGCUCUCUUCGCCCAGUGUGGUCUGAGUGGCCAGCGAAGGGACCGCUACAUCCAGCUUGUUGCCCACAGUGCCCAGCUCCCCAGCCCCAAUGGCAUUCAGACCCUCAACCUGCGCUGGAGUUCCCGGCGCGGGUACCUCUUUGUGCAGACAGACAAGCCGAUCUACACUCCUCGGCAAAAGGUGAAUUUCCGAGUCUUUGUCCUGGAUCACAAAUUGCGGCCAACCGCUGAAUCAGUCCUCAUCAAUAUUCAGAACCCCCGGGGUCUUCAGGUCCGGAAAGCUGAGUUGAUGCCAAUGAAUUUUGUGAUAAAUAGCCACCUAAAAAUCCCCGAUAUCUCUGAGCCUGGCAUUUGGCGCAUCACAGCCCAGUUUGUCAACUCACUGGACUCCAACACAACAACAGAGUUUGAGGUGAAAAAAUAUGUGCUCCCCCAUUUUGACGUGACGAUUGUUCCAGCACGGAAAUAUAUUUUGGUCUCUGAACAGCAGGACUCUGACUUGGAAAUUGGCAUUCGGGCUAAAUUUUUCUACGGGAAGGGGGUCACUGCCAUGGCUUACGUGCGUUUUGGCGUCACUGAUGAGAACGGGGAAAAAAUCUAUAUUUCAGGACUGGAGCAACAAGUCUCGGUGACUGAAGGCCUUGGUUCAGUGACCCUAAAGCAAAGCCUUCUUUCCGAGAAAUUAGGGCGCCCUCUUCAGGACCUGGUUGGAACAGCGCUCUACAUCGCCGUGACAGUCAUAGAGAGAGCGAGUGGAGAAUUGGAGGAGCAGGAGCUUUCCUCUGUGAAGUUCGUGUCAUCUCCAUACACCGUGGACCUGUCCAAAACCAAGCGCUAUUUUGUGCCUGGUGCCCCCUUUGAAGUGGUGGUGUCUAUUUCACUCCCAGAUGGUACACCUGCCAGCCACCUUCCAGUCCACUUCUCAGCUCAGAUAACCGGAGCCGCAUCUGUUGAUGAUGUCCAAAUGGACAGCGACAAAAAGGGGCUUGCAAUGCACAAAAUCAACAUUUCUCCCAGAGCUACAGCAAUCACCAUCACGGUCACAGCUGGGACAGAGUCUCCAGCAGAAGCCACCCUGACAGCCGAAGCCAUGAAUUCUCUAAACAGGAACUACCUAAUCAUUGAAAGCCCAAAAUACCAGGACUGGAACCUUGGAAGCACCAUGCGCCUGGAUUUGCAAAAUGUCGGAUCGAAUGCCUUUUCCCACUUCUACUACAUGGUUUUGAACAAAGGGGACAUUGUCUCUGUAGGCAAAGUUGCCCGUACUUCCUAUGUUUCAGUCCCCAUUCAAAUCACACCUGACCUAAUGCCCACUUUCCGCUUUGUGGCCUUCUACCGUAUUGGAGAGGAAGUUGUGGCAAACUCCAUUUGGGUGGAUGUUGUUGACCGCUGCGAGGGAAAACUGGAAGUCAGCAUAAAGGAAAACAGAAACGAAUGGAGACCCCACGACCAGCCGAAACUCUCCAUCAAAACAGACGCGCACUCUGUUGUGUCGCUUGCUGCCACCGAUUCUGCCGUUCAUGCCCUUGGUCGGAAGAACCGCUUUGCACAGGGCAAGGUUUUCCAGGCCAUGGGGAGUUAUGACCUUGGCUGCACAGCUGGCAGUGGAAGAGAUACCCUCGGUGUUUUUGCCGAUGCUGGACUCUCCAUUCGUUCUGGGACACUGCACAGCCCUCUCCGUAAAGCUCACGGAUGCAGUGAGGUUGCUUCCCGGAAGAAGCGCUCCUUGCAGUUUCACUCUGAGCUCAAGAAGAAGCUUUCCAAGUACCGGGACUCCUAUUCUCACUGGUGCUGCCAAGGUGGCAUAGCACAGCUGCGCGGAUCGGCGACGUGCGAGCAACGUGCGGAACGGAUACCGGGUCCCAGAGCCCAGCAGUGUCGCACUGCCUUCCUUGACUGCUGCAAGCAUGCUGCCAGCCUGCGACGGAAGUCCUGGGGGUCCCACAGUCUUGCACGGACUGAAGAUGAAGAGGACAAAGAUUUCUUUAAUGAUGACGCCAUUCAAGUUCGAAGUGUCUUCCCUGAGAGCUGGCUCUGGAGAUCGUACACGGUCAAUAAUGUCCUCACGCAACAAAUAACUCUUCCUGACUCCAUCACCACCUGGGAAAUACAGGCAGUCAGCAUGUCUUCACAGAGAGGCAUCUGCAUCUCAGAACCACUUCAGCUUAGAGUCUUCCAGGACUUCCACAUCUCCCUCCGGCUGCCAUACUCAGUGAAACGGUUUGAGCAGAUAGAGCUUAGUCCAGUUCUGUACAACUACCAGCCCCAGCCAAUCACGGCCUCUGUGUAUCUGGAACCAGCUGAGGGCAUCUGUUCCCCAGCGACUAUAGGCCCAAAGCAGAAGCGGCAGGUGGAGGUUCCUGGGAACUCAGCGGUUCCAGUUCCCUUUGUUUUGGUUCCCAUGGGAGCAAGUGACAUCCCCAUCACUGUGGCUGCCAUUGGUGACUGGGGGAUAGGGGACAAAGUUUCCAAGAAACUAAGGGUGGAGAGAGAAGGCGCGGUCUAUGUGGAGGAAUACACGAUCCCCCUGGAUAACGAGGAUGGAAAACUCCAAUCUCUGGAGAUUUCAGGCAAGAUGCCCUCCAAUGCCAUUCCUGAUGGUGACUUCAAGAUGAGUGUCCGGAUAACAGGAUCAGUGCCCACAGACACCUUGGAGAGCUCUCUGACACCCGACGGCCUGUCUUCACUGCUGCGGGUCCCACGGGGAUGUGGAGAGCAAACCAUGAUUCUGAUGGCUCCUGGGGUCUACGCCAUGCGCUACCUGGACAAGACUGAGCAGUGGCUGCAUCUGGAACCAGAGAGCAAGGAAAAGGCACUGGAGAACCUCCGCACAGGUUAUGAGCGGAUCCUCACUUUCCGGAAAGAGGAUGGGUCCUACAGUGCUUGGCUCAGCCGCCCCAGCAGUACCUGGCUGACAGCUUUUGUGGUGAAAGUUCUGUCUCUGAGCCGUGAGUACCACGCUGUGGAUGACUCCAAGAUCCGUGAAAGUGUGCAGUGGCUGCUGGAAAAGCAAGAGCCGGAUGGCUCCUUCACAGACCCAACCCCCGUCUAUCAGCGGGAGAUGCAGGGUGGUGUCGGCGGCCUGCAUGGGGGGAUCUCCCUCACAGCGUUUAUCACCAUUGCACUCAAGGAAGGCAUGGCCGCAUAUGGAGGCGGAGGGGAAGAGAAGGAGGCACAGCUCGCUCAAGUGAGAAACAGCCUGAAUCGGGCUACUUCCUUCCUGGCUGGCAAACUGAACGAUCUAUCCCUGGGUCCUUACCCCAUCGCAAUCACCAGUUAUGCCCUUUCUCUUGCUUCUGAUGAUCAGUCGGCCAUCGUUGCUGCUGGUACCCGCCUGAAGGACCUCGCCUCGCAGGAUCAAAACAAAACGGUGCUGUUCUGGGCUGCAGAGGAGCAGGACAAACUGAAAGAGGGGACCUUUGAUUCGAAGCCUUCAGCUUCAGCUAUUUCAGUGGAGGCCACAGCCUAUGGGCUUCUGUACUUGGUGAUGCAAAAUGACAUUGCAACUGCUGGCAAGGUCUCCCGGUGGCUAACAGAGCAGAGGAACUACGGUGGCGGGUUCAAAUCCACCCAGGACACGGUUGUGGCUUUGGAAGCUUUGUCAAAAUAUUGGAUCAGCACCUUCAAAGAAGAAGGCAAUGAACUGGAGGUGACCCUCAACCUCCCUGGCAAAAGCUUCCCCAUGGUUCAUUCAUUUGGAAGGUCUAAUGAUCCAGUCCAGAAGGAACUUCAGAUUCCUUUGGGAAGUAACAUUGGUGUACGUGUGCAAGGAAAAGGGAAAGGAAUUUUGACUGUCCUGAAGCAGUAUUAUGUCUUGGCCAUGCAAAACACUUCAUGCCAAACCCUUGGGUUAGAGGUGACAGUGAGCGGCACCGUUCAACGUGAUAUUGAAACAGAUGACUAUUACUAUGAUUAUGAAGAUGAACCUGAAGCACGGCCUGCUGACCAGCCAUUAUCACCCAUCGGUUUGUUUGAUGCCCGGCAACGCCGGCGGAGGGAGGCCACAGACCCUGGAGAACAACAGCGAGCUAUAUCCUACAAUGUCUGUUUCUGGAGGCAGCCAGGGGCUCACAUCACAGGCAUGGUCAUCAUUGACAUCACCCUUCUGACUGGCUUCCAGCCUGACGAGAAUGACCUCAACCAGCUGCGAGAUCUUCCAGAUCAAUACAUCAGCCACUGGGAGAUUCAAGGACGGCGGUUACUGCUCUACAUCGAAAUGGUGCCAAAAUCUGGGCGUGAAUGUUUGAUCUUUAGAGCCAAGCAGACUGUGACUGUGGGAAAGCUCCAGCCAUCCAGUGCCGCCAUCUAUGACUUCUAUGAACCCAGCAAGCGCUGUAACAUUUUCUAUGGCGCCCCCAAUAAUCCUCAAUAUGUGUCUGCAUUGUGCUCAGAUGACGUCUGCCAGUGUGCUGAAGGCGCCUGCCCACGUUUGAAGCAUACCAUUGAGGGCGCUCUUACAGAAGAUGCUCGUUUGGAGUUCGCAUGUUACAAUCCCAUUGUGCAUUACGCAUUCCGAGUGCGAGUGGAGCGUGAGAGCAUAGAAAGUGCCUUCCGCGUCUAUGAAGUUGGGAUCCUAGAGGUCUUGAAAUUCACUGCGGACGUGAGCAUCUCCACUAAAGACACCCGACGGUUUGUGGUGCGUGCAGCGUGUCGCACACGCUUGGCCACAGGUAGUGAAUAUCUGCUGAUGGGACAUGAUGGGGAAACUCAGGAUGCUCAGAGCCGCCCUCAGUACCUGCUGGAUAGGAACUCCUGGGUGGAGGAGGUACCAAAAUCCUCUCACUGUCGGGCCACCCGGCACCGCAGCGCCUGUGCUCGACUCCAGGAGUUCACCACUUCUUUUGCUGUGAAUGGCUGCCGCAGCUGAGCCCAAGGACCUGGACCAGCACCACCUGUGCUUUUGCUCAUUCUGAUGCACCUUAGAUUUCCCUGGAUUCAAUGUCAGUGGACUUAGAGAUGCCAGAAAGCAACCCACGUCCCCACUUGCUCGAUAAUUUGGCACGCGAUGAUCAUGCUCGGAGAGUUUAAGGAUGUAAGAAGAGCCUUCUUGCGCCAGGACCAAAUGUCCACCGGUCCUUUUGGGAACUCGGGAAGCGGGGCUAUCGGAGAGCUGCCUCGCCUGGCACGCUCAGCGUUUGGCACCUCAGGGACCUCUCACUCCUGAACCGCGGAGGUUCUCUUCAGCAGAAGGGCUUGCACAAAAUGGCGAAGGCCAUGUCAGAGCCCUUUCACUCGCCAUGAAAAUGGCGCUUUGACAAAAUAAAAGCAAUAGCAUUGCAGGAAAAAAAUCAAAAUGUUUUGUAUAAGAGCAGACCCACUGACUUAAAAUAGGAUGAGGACCCCCCAGCCUAUAGACUGGCCCUGGCCGUCCAUGCUU